AUGGAACACUGUGGUCUGAACUCUCUGCCGGUCAAUGUCUUUGCCAAUUUGAACAAGCUGGAGUUCCUAGAUCUAAGUGAAAACCCAGGUAUUGUUCCCACUCUCGCUGUCCUUGUCCAUCAGAAGUCCUUGAAGACUCUUAGACUUUCUUCCUUAGGUUCUUCAUUGACAGACAUACCUAAUGCAAUAUCAGGAAUGGAAAAGCUGGUAGAACUUGUCCUAAGUUACAAUGGAAUACGAGAAGUAAAUCAUGAUCAAUUUGCAAAACUGAUACAGUUAAGAAAACUCAACCUGUACCGCAAUAAAAUAGCUUUUCUUGACCCGCUGUCAUUCCAAGUUUGUGACCAUCUGGAGGAAUUGGACCUAAGCUAUAAUCUUAUACACGAAGUGAGCCCUAUCCUCUAUGUUCCCCAGUCCCUAAAGGUACUUAAGCUGAACGGAAAUAAAUUUGACACGCUUGACAAGUGUAUAAUUGCAAACUUACUGGCAUAUCUUCAAAAGUCGUACAUUUCAAGCGAUCUUUUCAUUUGCGAUUGUCGUUUGGCCUGGGUUCGAAAACUGUCAGAGGCUUUCGGCUCCAGGGUAAGUUUUAGUGGAUCGUGUUAUCUCCCAAUAGAGCUAUACGGUCAGUCAGUGACUUCAUUUACUCUGUGUGAUUGCAGUUGGGAAGACGAAAGUUUUGAAAGUUGCAACACUAUCUCAACUACUCCACCAAAUACAAAGACGGAACACCCGUCAGAAGUUUUAAAUCGCUUCUUCGUCAAUUCGGCCCAAAUAUCCAGUCUCCAAAAGGACCUCAGCAGCGUUCAAACUAUCACAAUUGUGUCGGUAUCUGUUGCCGUUGUCGCCAUCGUGGCAUUCGUCGCUACUCUUGUCGUUUUGCUGACUUGCUUCUUCAGGCAACGAAACCGAGUGCCUUCAAAUGGGAGGAGCCUGGGUCACGUCAAUCAAGAUCUCCAGCUAUCCGAAGGGAUCCAGAGUGAAAGGUCACCUGAAGGUAGAAGUUCUGGAGAUAAUUUGUAUCAGAACACGCCUGGAACGUCCAGCAGUGGUACCAAUGGGGCCUAUGAACCUCUCAGAAAAGAUGGGCGGGGUUUGACACAACAUAGAGGCCAUUACGCCUCCUCCCCUGUAGUUCAUAAGUAA